AUGUCAAGAAUGCUACAGAAAUUCAUCGCCGCCGCCGGAGGUGGAGAAUGGUGGUUGCCGGCGAUUAACCUGUGGGACAAGGUAAAGAACUCAGUAGGAUUGCAAGACGUCAUGUUUUACUCGCUGUGCGCCGCCUACUCCGCCGUGGCCACGGUGGCGCUGGUUCAGAUUAUAAGAAGAGAAAUAAGAGCGGCGGAGUUAGGGAUUACAACGCAGAAACUUUUUCACGUGAUGAAUUUGUUCGUAAGUGCAAUACGCGCAAUCGUCUUUGGUUUCCAGAAAAAGUUGUUUCAUGGUCUCCCCUACAAGGUUUUCACGUCGGUUCUACUAGACCUCCCAGGAUUACUCUUUUUCUCAACCUACACGCUUCUUGUGUUAUUCUGGGCGGAAUUAUAUUACCAGGCUAGAAAUUUCCCGACCGGUAAACUCCGAUUCUUUUAUUCCUCAAUCAACGCCGCAAUAUACACCGUACAGGCUAGCUUUUGGGUCUAUUUAGGGAUUACUGACGUCAGAAACGGCGUCGUGGACGUCAUCUUGAAAAUGUUUACGGCUGCGGUUUUUUGCACGGGGGCGCUGGGGUUCUUGAUUUACGGUGGGAGGCUGUAUGUGAUUCUGAAAUGGUACCCUCUUGAAUUUAGAGGGAAGAGAAGGAAGACACGUGAGAUUGGAUGUGUGACGGUCAUAUGUUUCAGCUGUUUCCUCGUACGGUGUUUCAUGGUUGCGGCGUCGGGUUUUAACAAAAAUGUGGCGGUUGACGAUGUGAACCACCCUGUUCUGAGUUGGGUGUAUUAUAUGACGGCGGAGAUUGUUCCUUCGGCUCUUGUUCUUUAUAUUCAGCGCAGAUUACCUCCCAGAAGAUUGCCUGCAGAUCAAAUACCAUUAUACCAGACUACAGGAGACAAUUAA